AUGGACCUCCUUGCCGGCAUCAGCUGCCAUUCACGCCCUUGCACCACCAUCGUCGCCUUCGACCACCAACUCAAACCCGACUUCCCCUUGCAAACGCCUGCUCGCCGACUCCAAAACGACGGUCCUCGUAGCGGAAACAGAGCCGAGAUGCCGGAAUCACAGCCCUCAGCGUGGUCAUCCCGCACCGACGUCCUCUUACGACCCGUUGAACGACCUGUCGGGUACCUGAAGCGUGCCGGCAUUGCGGCGUCGUAUCCCCUACGCGGCAUCUGGUACUUCCUGCGGAACAAGGAGUUCUACCCGCUGUUCCUGAGCCGCCUGCUUCCACUAUCAAUCAUAUCCUUCCUCGUCUACUUCAUUCUGUUUACAUUUGCGUUCUUGCCGCAGUUUGCGCUCCUGGCCAUCUUCCACGGGUGGGGCGCCUGGGUCAACGCCGUGGUGUUGGUUCUCGGAGAAGGGCUCGUCGUGAUCCAGGGCCUCUUUGAAGGAUUCUUCGUCGACGAGUGUCGAGUGGAUGUUUUCGAUGCUACCCUCAUCAAGGAAUCACAGACGGACCUUGUCGCUCCCCACAGGAUCCUCUUCCACGAUGCCCCCACCGCCGUCAAGAUGCUCGGCAAGCCGACGACCCCCGCCGUCUUCACCCCCUGGUCGAUGAUCCAAAUCAUCGAACUCGUCAUCUUCUUGCCGCUGAACUUUGUUCCGGUGGUUGGCACCCCGGCUUUCAUCAUCAUCACGGGUACGCGGUUGGGCAAGCUGGCACAUUACCGAUGGUUUCACCUGCGGGGUUUGAGCAAGAAGGAAGCCAAGAAGGAGAUCAAGUCGAGGACUUGGGAAUAUGUCUGGUUCGGCACGGCCGCCAUGAUCCUCGAGCUGAUCCCCGUGCUAUCAUUCUUCUUCUUGCUCACCACGUCGGCGGGGGCUGGUCUUUGGGCGGCGAGGAUCGAGGACGACAAGAGGCAGCAGGCGACAGAGAGCCUGGUGGGAGAACCCCUUCCGCCGCCGCCUCCUUACGAAGAUGACCCCGUCUAAGUAGGUGUAUGGAGCUGUAUUGUGUCUUUCUAGCAAGCAAGCAUUUCCAUCGUUUAUCCCUCUCGUCCCAUUCCCCAUUCUUGAUCUCAAACUCCCGAACACUGCCCGCCUCUUCUGCCGGGUCACCAGCCAUCUCGUCCCGAGCCCGGGCUGCCUGAGUGCCCAAGAACAUCCCAAGACCCUGCAUCCUACAUUGUGAUGCUGGAAGCUUCCCUCUCCCAGAGCAGCCCCGGCACCUUCCAUCUACUACC